AGCAAGCACUCGCCAAGUUUCUUAUAAAAACUUGACUUUUAGGGUUCUCAACCUUCGGGGUGUAUUAGGUUAGUGGGGAUCGAGUUUACGUCUGCACCAACCUUAAUCAUGGGUCGAGGUGGCAAGAAUGAGCUUUCAGACUCUGUUAGCAGUCCGGAUGACCGUUACUUGAGCGUUGAGUCCAAUGUUGAUACUAAAUCGGGUAUCUAUGUCCGGAAGAGUCAGAUCGUAGCCUCCGUGGUUCUUGUUCUUGUUUUAACGACAGGUGUAGGGCUCAUGGCUGGUCUGCUGCCAGAGUGUGACGUCCCAUCCAAGGGUGCCAUUACCGCAAAGCCAUUCCCAACAACUGGUGUCCCAAAGCCUACAGACAGCAAGCCAACAGAGCCCAAACCCACCGAGACCAACCCUACCGAGCCGAUGCCAGUAACCACCCCAGCACCGUGUCUUGACGACUGGUGCAAGCUGCGUCUCCCGGCCGAGAUCUACCCCGAGCACUACAACCUCCUGCUUUACCCGGACCUCACGGUCGGGAGUUUCUCCGGUACCGUCGACGUAGACAUCAAAGUAACAGGACCCAUUAAAUUCCCCCGUAUUCACAUCUUGAAGAUGGACAUCCUCUCUUCAGAGAUUAAACCCAAGGGUUCCUCAACUCCUCUGAGCGUCGUGAGGAUGUUUGGGUUUGAGUUCAAUGAGUUUUGGGUGAUGGAGAUGACUGAGGAUCUUCAGCCUGGUGACUAUGUCUGGAGUAUUGCCUUCACUGGCUCACUGAUUGAAGACAACCUCGGUUUUUACAUGAGUAGCUACAAGAACAGCGCUGGAGAGACAAGGAAUAUGACAUCGAGUAAAUUUCAGCCUACAUCAGCUCGUAAAGCUUUCCCCUGCUUCGACGAACCCAACUUGAAGGCAGAGUACACCACAACCCUCGUCCAUCCCCCCGCUCCGUACCUCGCUUUGUCCAACAUGAAUGUUAAGAUGACCACAAACUACACCUUGGACCCCACUUUGAUGCAGACAACAUUUGAACGCUCCGUGAUGAUGAGUACUUACUUGGCCUGUUUCGUUGUUUGCGAUUUCGCCUAUAAGGAGAUAAUUCUGGACAGUGGACUACCUUUCAGAGUGUAUGCGCCUCCAGACCAGAUUGACCAGGUGGACUAUUCACUUUCUGUCGGCGCUAAUGUCACCAAAUAUUUCGAGGAAUACUUUGAUUUGGCAUACCCGUUGCCAAAAUUAGACAUGAUCGCUAUUCCUGACUUUGUUUCUGGUGCCAUGGAGCAUUGGGGUUUGAUCACCUACCGAGAAGUCAACCUGUUGUACUCAGAGACUGACUCAGCCGAGUCCAAUAAGCAAAGAGUAGCCGAGGUCGUCGCUCAUGAGCUCGCUCAUAUGUGGUUUGGUAACAUUGUUACAAUGGAUUGGUGGGAUGACCUGUGGCUCAACGAGGGCUUCGCUAGCUAUGUUGAGUACCUUGGCGUCGACUAUGUUCACCCCGACUGGCAGAAGAUGAAUCAAUUUCUAAAUCAGGAUUUUAUUUACGUGAUGGGGAAUGAUCAGAUCGUCAGCUCUCAUCCAAUCAUCGUCCCAGUCAACCAUCCGGAUGAGAUCAAUGAAAUAUUUGACUCCAUCCCCUACAGCAAGGGUGCAAGUGUUCUUCGGAUGCUGAACGAAAUCGUCACUGAAGAUGUUUUCAAAGCCGGUGUUGCGUCCUAUUUGAAGAAGUACGCUUACCAGACUGCUGUCAGUGACGACCUUUGGGCUGAGAUAACAGAAGGCUGUAAGAACGCCGGCAUGGACAUCAACGUCAAAGAAAUCAUGGAUACCUGGACUCUGCAGAUGGGAUUCCCCGUUGUUACCAUGACGAAGAGGGAUGUUGGAGGCUCAUGGAUGGUAGACGCUGAUCAAACUUGGUUCUUGGUUGAUCCUCAAGCCGAUAAGUCCAAAGACGAAUACGGAAGUGUUUUCAACUAUACCUGGAAUAUCCGUUUCAACUAUUUGUUUGAGUCCGACCCAAGCACUUUCCUUGAAAGUCCAAUGGAGUUUGGCGGAGUCUCCUUUCCAUGGGUUGGUGCUGUGACAGACUGGUAUAUAGCCAACCCUGGCAAGUUUGGUUACUACCGAGUCAACUACGAUACAGAGAACUGGAAAGCACUAAGUGAGCAACUGAUGGAGGAUCACGAAGUGAUGGACAUCCGUGACCGAGCUGGAUUGCUUGAUGAUGCUUUUAACUUGGCCAGAGCGGAGUUGAUUGAUUACAGCAUCCCACUGGACAUGACGAGGUAUUUGUCAUCCGAGGAACAAUACACUCCUUGGGAUGCCGCUUACGAUAACAUCAUCUGGUUGCGAGAAACACUCCGCUACAGACCCGUCUUCGCUAAACUCAGGACCUACUUUGCUGGGCAAGCUGCUCCAAUGCUUAAGAAACUGACCUGGAAUGACGAGGGAAGCCAUCUUGAACGUUACCUUCGUAGCGACAUCAUUUACAUGUCCUGUGGCUUUGGAGAUUCGGACUGCUUAGACGAAGCCGUCAGACUUUUCAGAACUUAUUUGAAUGGAUCAAGCAUUUCAGUGAAUAUUCGAUCUCACGUUUAUCGCUUUGGAAUGGAGGAGAUCGGAGACCAGGAGGCUUGGGACAUUCUUUGGGAAAACUACAUGAACAGCGAUGUGGCCUCCGAAAAGACUAAGCUGCGCUAUGCCCUGGCACGAACUCGCCAAGUCUGGCUUCUAUCAAGAUAUCUGGAAUACUGCAGAGAUCCCAGUAAGAUCCGUGGGCAAGAUUUCUUCUCGACUCUUGGCUACAUCGCUGACAAUCCAGUAGGAAACCUUCUGGUGUGGGACUGGGUCCGGGCCAACUAUGACUACCUCUUAGACAGAUUCGGCGUGAGUGACCGAUACCUUGGCCGGCUGGUCCCUGGAUUCACAGACUAUUGGAACACCGAGCAGAAACUAAAGGAGCUUGAAGAUUUCUGGGCGGAGUAUCCGGACGCAGGGGCCGGAUCCCGUGGACGUCUCCAGGCCGUUGAACGCAUCCGCACCAACAUCAACUGGCUCGCUAAGAAUGAAGACACAAUUUCCAUGUGGCUAGACAGUAACUUGGCAUAAUCGUGAACAAUCACCACCCAAUCACUUAUUCUCAAAAAUAAACACCACUGAAUAGUAAGUUGAUAAAGCAUUGAUUAUUAAUGAUCCAGCUAAUUAGUUAUGAUUAUUGACAAAACUUGAUUGAAUUACUUUAUGAAGAAUCGGCCCGUACAAAGCAGAGGAAAAAACAUCACUUAGAAGGCGCUGGUUACCAGCUAAACUACCAUGUUGGGAAGGCUGUCUGUGACUGGUUGCCUGCUUUGAUUUCUUUAGCUGUAAGAAACUGUAUACUUAGAUGUAUUUAUUUAGCCAAAGGUGGAGGUUCUAUGUGAGCAUAUAGUUUAAUAUAAUUAAUGUAUUGUGAUUAAAAAUAAUAUAUUUUUUGACAGUUGACACAUAUUGUGUCUGUGCAACAAGGUUAUGUGCAACCAAGUCGUUGCAUCUCGCACUAACACACUUCAUAAUGCUAAACCCCAAUGGUCGUUGACUUUGUAAGAACGUCAAAGUUAUUACGAGAGUUCAGUGUUCAACAUUCUAAAACUUGCACUUCCAGAAAUGCUAACUUGGGAGCGACGACCUUGUUGUACCAAGCGACAAAAAUCUUUGAUCUUUUCAAUUUAAUCUUCCAAAAUCAUUUUCGCUUCCAGUUAUAAAUCAAUUUCUUUGCAAGGAUUGUUGUAGUUGAUGAGAAACUGAGAAAACUGUUUGAAGCAAUUUGUAAACUAUCAGUUUUGAAUAAGUUUUUAACCAAGAAAGAGAUAUUCUUACUUGAUGUAAACGCAACUUCCACCUAAUUGUACUUUGCCUUGCAAGUUUUGGUUUAAUUAUUUCAACAUUUAUCGCUUAGUUUUGAAGUUCUUUUUAAGUUGUAAUCUCUUCCUUAUUUCAAAAUCAUAUGAAGUUUUGGUCUCACAAUCAGGAAACAUUACUGCAAAACCUUGAGCCGUUUUAUUUCAUACAAAUAAUGAAUGUUUAGUGACGUCUGUACUUUAAACUGUCCUACUUUGGGAACAAAAUAUCAAAAAAAGUGAAUCAAAAAUAAAAGUAAUUUUUUAAAUUGAA